GAGUGACAUGUUCCCUCCUAUCCCUUACUGAUUAUCUUCUCAUUUUUGGAUGCUCCUUGUUUGAUUUCUACUGCCAAUGGUGACUUGGGGUCUCUCCUCUGUCAAUCUUCAACGUUCUCCUCGCUCGCAUUUGUGUAUGGCUGGUGACAUACACUAGAUGUCGACUCAGCCGCAGAUCCCAUUACCCCAGGUCGGGAAGCUUGUCAGCGUGGUUCCGGUUGGCUUAAAGGAGGCUGCACUCGAUUCCCCCACGUUCCGUGCCACCGCCCUUCACUUCUCCGACCAGAUCGAAUUCCUCGAGAGAUGGCUCGACGGGUAUGCCAAGGCCGCGUCGAAGCUCUCCGCAGAGCUUGCGACGAUAGAAGGCGCUGUUAGCGUCUUUCUUUCCUACUCUACAAAUCCUCUACUGGUCUCAGAAGCAGUCUUGGACCAUGAUUACACUCUACAGUCGAUGCGGAGGUGUGGUGACAGUUCGAAGGACAUGUGGAAUGGACUAGUGGCAACUGUCAAGAAGAUGGAAUCAUUCGUGUCCGAACCCAUAAGGGGCUUCAUUCAGGAGGACCUCCGAAACUUCAAGGAGAUUCGGCGCACGCUUGGCGAGACACAAAAACAGUACGACUACUUGCUGGCCCGGUAUUCGUCGCAGUCCAAAUCGAAAGAACCCUCGUCCCUCCGAGAGGAUGCAUUCCAGCUCCAUGAAGCCCGCAAAGCCUACCUCAAGGCCUCUAUGGAUUUCUCGGUCCAAGGUCCUCAGUUGCGGAAUGCGCUUGACAGGCUAUUGGUCCGCGUAUCCUUCGAUCAGUGGCGGGAGUUGAAGACGUUUCAUACCAACAACGGUACCUCAUUCGCAAAGUGGGGCCAGGAAAUGGAGCGCAUCAAGGGCUGGGUGCACGAGAUGGAUGGAAACGAGAAAUCUGCCAAGCGGGAGCUCCUGGCUUCUAGGAAGCAGAUUGAGGAAGCUGCGGAGAUCGCAGCCAGGCCGUCGCGUGAGUUGGAUGACUACUCCGUGUCUACUGUUCCCUACCUCGGCUCGCGUCCUCUCUCGACAGAUAGCAUGUCCAAAGAGGCAAAACCCGAGAAGCAAGGAUGGGUGUAUCUUCGAACUCUCUCCGGCAAACCUACUCGGACUGUUUGGGUCAGGCGCUGGGCUUUUUUGAAACAUGGUAUCUUUGGAUGUCUCGUUCAGGGCUCUCGCACCGGUGGUGUUGAAGAGAGUGAACGGAUUGGUGUUUUGCUUUGCAGCAUCCGGCCGGCUUUUCAAGAAGAGCGAAGGUUUUGUUUUGAGGUCAAGACGAAGAGUAAUACCAUUCUGCUCCAGGCCGAGACACAAAAAGACCUAAUGGACUGGAUCGCCGCUUUCGAGGCCGCGAAGCGCAAGGCUCUCGAAAACCCUUCGAGCACCGACCUCUCGGUGUCCGGAAAAGUCACUGUCCAGGAUCCCGCCUUUGCGAUCUCUCAACCCCCAGCACCGGAAUUCGCUGCUGAUCCAGGUGAUUCUCUCACGCCUCAUACAAGCGAUGAGCAGGGCUCGUCCGAUCGCAGUGGGAUGCUGUCGCUGCCAGAGAAGGACCCGUCUGCUCUUCGCAACAGUAGCGACUUUAGCAACCACCGGCGGUUGACCACGUUGGACUCAGACAGCCCUGCCCGUGAACACGCAUCCCGUCUCAUGCAGAAGCUGGACCUUCACCGCAAAUCCAAUAACGCAGUGCAACCUUCAACCUCGAUCCCUGGGGCCGCAGGCGGGAUUGCUAGCCUCAUCACCGCAAGUCAUAGUGCUAUUGCUUCUGGAAGCACUUUGCCAGUUGACCCGGAUGGGACACGAUCUCGUAGCUCGACCCUUGGGAACGAUUCUCCCACGACCCUUGCCCCGAUGACAUUGGCCAACCCACCUGCUCCGACUAGUAUGAGCAAGGCUGCCGUGUUCGUCAGUAACGAACGGGGCAUCGGGCUCGGCCAAAUCGACAAAACGGGAGGAAUGCCCAGCGGCAUGAUGGCGAAUCUGUGGGGUAGCUCCAAUUGGGGCUUCAUGAACAGGUUUGAACCUGAGCGACUGGGGAUCUCGGCGGAUCAGGAUCGCGAUAAACCAUCUUCGCAGGCGAAAGACCCCUGCAAACAAUUCUUGAUAGCAGAAGCCGACACGUCUAGUGGAUCUACCGCGGUCAAACCGCCGAAGACUGGGUCACGCCAUAGACCGACGGUGAGCCUAGAUGGCGACUCGUCCAAGAUACAGCAAGCGCUCAUGGGUGAUACGCACGACUACCCUUCUUACUAUCCUCCCCAACUCAAGAUCCAUGAUGCCCAGUUCCGACUGCUUUUCCCUGACAUCAAAAAAGAGGAGCCUCUGGUGAUGGUGUUCCGAGCCACGUGGAGCCCGAAUGACCAGCAAGACUUUCCUGGAAGGGCUUAUGUCACCACUCAGAACAUCUACUUCUACAGUCACCAUUUCGGCUUGGUGCUGACGACGAGCGUAUCUCUUGAAAGUAUCAAAGAGGUCACCGCUGCUACUGGUAGAGACUGUGACUUCUUGUUUCUCCAUCUGAUACCUCCUCCUGGUGACGAUACACCAAGCCGGGGGACGAUAAAGACAUUCCUUGAGCCACUAAGACUCCUGCAGAGGCGAUUGAACUUCUUGAUCCACAACAUGGCGGCUGCUGAACCUCUAGGGCUGGAAGCAGUCUUCAAGACCUUAACCAGAAUGGAGACAGAGGCGAUGACACGAACCCCCAGCUUGGAUAGCUGGGAGGACGUGGACGCUGGAGAUGACAAGACUGAUCUCAGCGACGUCCCGACCGGAGGUUCCAAGAAAGAUUCUCGCUUGCCCAUCUACAUCGACAAUGACCUUAACAUGCAUAAAAAACACGGCAAUGGCAAGGACGUUCCGAAGUUCAGACUUCCAACACAACCUGUUCAGUAUGUUCCCCAAGGCAGUUUGCACUUGGCUGCAGAGAAAGUGUUCGAUAUCAGUCCCAAAGCAGUCUUUCACAUACUGUUUGGCGACAAGAGUGCUGUAUGGCAGCUCCUUCUUCAUCAACGCAAUGCUCAAGGCAUCAAACAGGGGCCCUGGACCAGACAUGAGUCCAACCACCUGAGAAGGGACUUCAACUAUUCGACCGAGACCACCGAUAUCUUUGGAGGCAAGCAUAGCAAAACGAUCUCAGAUUAUCAAAUGAUUGAUGUUCUUAAUGACCACCUCUGUUAUGUCAUUACGGACAAACGCACCCCUUGGCAUCUACCAUUCAAGCGGUCCUUUAGGCUGGUCAGUAAGGUUGUCAUCACCUUUGUCGCAAAGGGGAAGAGCAAACUAUCUAUCUAUACGAAAGUUGAAUGGCUAUGGUCACCGUAUGGCCUGCAGAGUAUUGUGGAUAAGAGCGCGGGCAGCGACCUGGAACAGGACGCGUUAGACCUCCUCGACCUCGUCGGAGACCAAGUUCGCAGACUCGGCGCACACAGUCGAACGAAGAAGGCCAUCACGAUUUUCGGCCAUGUCGGACGUCAGAAUUUUGCAUCUCAAUUCACGCCUUCAGGAGACUUGAAGCUGGAGUUCCGGAAGCCCCGCACCCAGAGAAGCAUGGCCUAUCUCUUAUUCGAAACGCUUCUGUCUUUCCUUGAAAGUGCGGUGUCAUCCUUGCUGAUGUGGGCGGGCGCUUUCCUACGCUGGGUUUGGAAGACCACGAAUGCAAACACGGUCAUCCUGUUCCUACUGCUGGCGAGCGUUUUGGUAAAUGGAAUAUAUUCGUCGCGGGCUUUGCACGAAUGGUGGGAUGACAGAAGUGUUGGAAACUUCAUGGCCCGCAUCGGAGUAGGUCCCGACAAUGUUAUGAGCAAAGCUAUCUAUAUGAGGGAUAUUGACGAGGCCAUCGCGAACACGACCUUCGGGCGCGGAAGAGAAAACGUCACUGACUGCUUCGCGACAUUCCACCAGCAGACCUUGCGCGAGCCGGGGACAGCUUUGUCCCUGGGGUCGGCUGGAUUCCGAGACUCUAUGACCAAGAGCGCAGCGCGCAGGAUUCAACAGACCCGUGAACGGCUGGCAACCUACCGACACAACCUUCUGGUGGCUCUCCGAGUGGUGAACAGCAUCGAACGCGAAGUCAUCCAGAACGAAUGGGAACGCUGGCUCCGACAGGAACUGCGCCGCUGUCGCCAGGUUGGGAUCCUCCUCGGCCAGAAUGAUGAGCUCGAUGACGCCGACAUGGAGGUUGAGCGGACCGGCUCGAACGCGUUCACAAACCUGAGUGACGACGUUAAGCAAUGGUACAGCAUGUACUGCUCCAGUUGCCAGGCCGAACGGUCGCUUUUCGAAGAUGACCAUGCUUUUGGUGUUCUUUAGAACACCUCAACCCGCACCCCGGUCAGUGGCCGGUUGUGCUUGUACCGUGCAUACUUCCCCCCUUCCCCAUAUUUUGUGCUCUCAUUUUUCCCUUUGAAAGCUGAAACGAUACCCGCCCUGCAGCGAAGCGAAUCUGUCUGUCAUAUCCAAUGUAUCUUUCUUCUCGAGGAGAGAGAAGUCCGGUUGUUAUCUCUGUUGU